UCCAGUGAUAAAAAAAUAGAGAUCUUUCAAAAAAGAAAAGAUAACUACUAUACAAUAUUAACAGAAGAUGAGAAAGAAGAUAACAUCAACUUUGUUUCAGAUAGUGAUAAAGAAAACGUCAAGCAUUUCAAGAAAAAGAAAAAUUUCUCUG